GAACACGAAGGUAUCGAACUUAGUGUAUUGAGACAUUUUGUUCGUUGGAAGUUAGUCGACGACAUUUGGAACGGAAAGAUACAUUUGACAUGAUUUAGUGUGACGUUGAGAGAGAAAAAUGGUUUGAUCGAGGGUGCCCUUAAUUACUAAUUUCAUAACUUGCUGUUAAUCGAUCUGACAGUGAUAUUAGUGGAUGUGGUUGGUAGUGCCUGAUUAAUCGUGAUCGAUAUUUUGAACAAAGAGCAACGAGAAACGAUCAGUUUGGAGUUUCACUUUGACGUCGUGAGACUAUCGUUAAUUAGACAUAGAAGAAUCGUUUGGUGACAGGUAAGGGUUUCAACUUCUGUAUUCAUUUUCUUCUAUAGACUGAAUUUAAUUUUUCGCUUUGAUAAUCGUUUAUAAAAGAGAAGCGAUAAUUAUUAGUUCUACCUAAGAAUGUUACUAAUAAAUUAGGAAAAAGAAAUUUUAAUUGGAUUCUUGAUAAUGAGUGAAAAUUAAUUUAAAAGAUUGUAUUUGGAAUUUUGAGAAUCGAUCGAGUCCUCAGUUUCAGUGCAAUGUAACGUUAUCAGUCGCGUGAGUUUGGCUCAUAUGUGAUUUAUGUGCAAGCUAAAUGUUUCCAACAAAUUGUAGCAUAGUGAUUUCUCAAAGUCCUGUAUCAAAUGUCUUGUAAUUAUAAGCAAUUGUUUCGUUUGGACGAUCAAGGGUAAUAUACUCUAUUUUUGAUUUUAAAAAUGCCGCCAUUUGUGUAGACGUACACACGCAAGUAUUUAUUAUGUAGACACGAUGGCUCGUAGACACGAACGUUUCUCGUUGUCGUAUUUUCCAAACAGGUCAGUUAUUUCGAGCACUCGACCACUUUCUCGCUCCUGACAAUGACAUUAGUCAUUCUAAUCGAUGUCUCGAAAUCGAUGGUUCUUCUGUCAGCUAUUUCGUUUCCGUGUUUAUUCCAUAUGAUAAUAUUGUUUCACGUAUUCGCUUAAAUUUAAUUGGCAAAUGAUUAAUUUCCCUGAAUCCAUUUUCAAGUAAACAUAUCAGUUUAACCUUUUGCUCUAUCUGAUACGAAAAUGAACAAUUUGAUAUAAAAAUUUUGCGAAAGAUCGAUAUAUUAUUUUACUUUUAACUUGGAAAUCGUUCUUUUAAUUUUUCAAUAUCUAAUUAACCACCUCAGUCCCUAAGACCGUCUGUUUUAACGAAUGGUAAAUAAUCAAAUAAUUGCGUUGAUACAUCAGAAGUACUAUCUUCUUAUAUCCCUGAUAUUAGUGUUAAAACAGGUUUGAAAAACCUUCAAUUAUUUCAUUUAUUCUUAGCCUUCGAUGGCUUAAAAUUUUCUCGGUUAUUUUCCAAUAGAGUUCAAUAUAUUGAUCGAAAACUUAGUUUAGUUAAGCACUGUAACCGGAAGUCACCCUUAAGUCGCCGGGUAAGAGGAUUACGAGUAAUAAAGAAACAAUAUUAAUCAGAAAAUUAUUCCAUUCAAUUUUUCUCCUGCAUUUAAUUAAAUAUGACAGAGUCGACAAACUUUCCUUCGGUUCUUCUAUCUCAUUUGCAAAUCUAUAAUAUCGAUAUCCAAACGAUAACUCGAACACCAUUAACCAGCACUCGAGGCUAUUUCUUUCGUCGAAACUUUCCUCAGACAUGUAGAUAUCACGUUGACAUCGCCGCGUAUACCGAAUCAGCCCUUUUUAAAGAUGAUCUCGCGAGCGUGGUUCGUAUGCAAUUCAAUUUGAACGAGUCGCGUGUCACGAUUCACUUGACUCCCGGCACAGUAAUUGGCCGGCACUCGAGCAAAUACUUACACUUAAUUUAACGUUUAACCGAAUCGAAAACAAAGCGAACAGUUGCCGGACUUCGCUCGUUCUUUCAGUUCAUUUCCGAACGUCUUUCGAUCAGCAUAUCGGGUCUCCUCUUUCAUCUCCGUUGCCUUUCAAAAUCUAAAAUCAUAAUUGAGACUUUGCUGCUCGAACUAUGGAAGGGGAAAACGUGAAUGACGGAAUGUGAAACAUCAAAGGAACUGCCGAAUGACAUUUAUUUCAAAGACUAGAAGACUGAAAACUUUGUUAUACGACUUUUAUACUGCUACGCCUGGAAAUCAAGGAUGGAUUCUGUUUCAGCGAAAUGAAGGACGAGAAGAGUAACUCUAUAUUGCCCACUGAAGCGACUCGAUUGAGACCAAGAUUGGAAAGUUUCGAUGAUGUUCUGCCGUAUGUCGGUGACUACGGGAGAUAUCAAUGGCUGUUGUUAUUGUCGUUACUACCUUAUGGCGCGACGUACGCGUUUCUUUAUUUCUCGCAAUUUUUCAUUACGAUUAUUCCCACGGAACACUGGUGCAGGAUAGACGAAUUAGUAAACUCGAAUUUCACCGAAGAAGAGAGGAUUAAGAUAGCGAUUCCAGUGACGAACGUUUAUCCUUAUUACGAACAAUGUCAACGGAAGGACGUAAACUUCACAGAGCUGUUGAAGAGCGAUAAGAGCCUGAGCUCAUCGGGCUUCCAAACAAACAAAACGAUAAAAUGUACUCAAUGGGAGUAUAAUUUUACGCAGAUUCCAUAUCCUAGUAUAGGAACUGAGCUAGAUUGGGUAUGCGACCGAGAAUACCUCGUAUCAACGGCGCAGGCCAUCUUCUUCUGCGGAUCCAUCAUCGGUGGUUUCCUAGUCGGUUGGAUCGCCGAUCACAAGGGUCGUAUCCCAGCUUUAAUGUUCUGCAAUGGUAUCGCCCUUUUUGCCUCCAUUUUCACUGCCAGCGCAAAUAGUUUUUGGUCAUUCGCCGUCUGUAGGUUUCUCACUGGACUGGCGUUCGAUAACUGUAUCAACAUUCCUCUGAUUAUCGGUAAGCCUUCUACGAAGUAGAAAGUGCGAGAGGUUCGACCGAUAAGCCAAUGUUUCAGUCACGCGAGAGAUAACGUUAGUAUGAAGUCAAUGUUUCUAUUACGUGAAAGAUGAUGUUGCGUGAGAAAUUUUUGAUGAAUUGUUCCUCGAAGAUAAUUUUGACGUUGCUGUACUCGAUUGAACUAUACGGUUCGAGUUCUUGAUUCAAGAGCUUUUGCAACCACCAGAGAUGAAUAUAUUGAUUUUGUUAUUGUUAAAGAUCGUUUCAUCGAUUUUCAUGUCGUCGAGGAUAGUUAUAUCUUGAUAUUCUUAAAUCGAGUUAUACAAGGUGGUUGGUAAUUGGUGGUACAAGCGGAAAGAAGUC